UGGUUUGCCAUUUGAGCUGUCUUACACAGCCUGGCUAGCCUUAACACACACACACACAACCUUUACUAUGGUCUGAUUGUCAUUUAGCUAGGCGAUGUAGACCAAUCAGAAGGCCCAUUUCAUGUUGGUUUAAUGUGCUGUAACACACAGAAAUUCUUCUUACAGCCAGCCUUAAGAUAAGUCAUUAGCAGAGAUAUCAUAACUGAUCUUAUAAACUGUGAAUAUACGUUUGUCCUCCCCUGUCCCUCACCCCAAGGUUUGUCCAAUAAGGAAGACUCAAGCCACUAUAUUCUAGAAAGCCAUGUAGCCAUGUCUACCAGUUCAACUGGUUCCUCUCUUAUCUCUGGGUCAACGGGCUAUUCUACUGUCGUAGGGGGUGUAUGCCAUUUUGGCUUUUUACACUCUUCCCCCUACGGCAAACUAAACUUCUGGAGUAAACAAACUAAUGGUGGUUAAACUACACCAAAACAAUAAAGUAUAGUUAGAUGGAACAACAUCAUAAUGUAACAAUUGUGUAACAGCAAUGAUUUGCCUCUAAUGAUCUACAGACUAAAUUCUAAAGCUUAUGUCAACAACAGUCGUAUCAAGUAAAUGUAUAUCAAACACAGGUGUAAUAUGGUGUCUCCUCCAAACACGGGUAGUACAGUGUCUCUACCGACACAGGCGUAAUACAGUACUCUCCAAGCAGAGGUUAGGCUCCGGCUGUUGUUUUUUUUAGUCGGUUUUGUCGGGCUUUCUAUUUUGUCAUGUUUAUUGACUUCCGACAACCAUGCCGAUCUAACGUCAAGAACACGGCAAACUAGAAAGCCCGAUAAAAAUGACCAAGAAAACAGUCGGAGCCUAAACCUCUGAUUGCAGAGUAAAUAAAUGCUACAGACUUAGGCAAAACACGCUUCAUUGGAAACCUGAUACUCCCUGUUGGUACGAGUCAGUGUUGGGUGUCUAGUGACCUUGGCAGGGGGCCAAACACCCAAGGUGAACGCCAUCGUGCCCUCACCAACCCACAUCUCCCUACCCCUGCCUCUGUUCUCUCUGCGGCCUUGCUUUCUCAGGGGCCCGAGACUAUUCCAGGAGUUAGAAGGACUGAACUGAGACCUUGAAAAACGGGUUAUCGUAUUCGAAAGGGUGCCGACACACAUCGUCAACAAUCAUAACUAUAGCAAACAGUGUGUGGCUUUUCGACCAUGGACGGCGUCCCCAAGCCUCUAGCUUCCACCAAGGAUUUUUGUCCGUCAAGGUGAGAAAAUGACCGGUGCUGUCCAGUGGAUAGCUGACUCCGUCCAGGAGAUUUUGCAGAUUUCUGAGCUGACUCUGCAGACGUUUCUUGUCCUCUGUUCGACUUUCCUCCUGGCAUGUGUCGUCUUCAAUCGUUCACGGUCCCGAAACCUACCUCCCUACCCGGCAGGACGUGUGCCUGUUCUCGGGCACCUCCUCGCCUUGGGCCGAGCACCUCUCCUCAAGCUGACGGCGUGGAGGCGGCAGUACGGGGACGUCUUCACCGUCAGGAUGGGGAUGGAAGAUGUGGUGGUUCUGAACGGCUACACUGCCGUCAAGGACGCGCUCGUGGACAGGUCCGAGCUGUUCGCGUCCAGGUCGCCAUUUUACUACCUGUUUGAUGCCAUAUUUGGUUUCGGAAAAGACAUUAUUUCUGCACGUUGGGGUUCCGGGUUCAGACAGAAGAAGAGGUUUGCUACCACCGUCCUGAAGAACCUGGGCAUGAGGGUCGGCCGUGGCAGCAUCGAGGACAGCAUCCGAGAGGAAGCGAGCUGUCUCAGAAACAGGUACAAGGUCACCAACACCUUAUAA